UUAGUGCUCAUAGAUGAUAUUGUGCAUUUCUGACUGAUUUCUGCUAGGUACAGUAUCAUACGGUUUUUUGAUAUUACUAUUUGUGCAUAUAAAUAACUUUGGUCCAUGUCAAUGACUUUGCAACCAUUUCAUCCAGACAAAAUUGUCAUUUUGUAGUGAGGCAGCUCUGUUACACAUCAAGACAAUGCCAGAGUUAUAGGAAUGAGAGAUCCAGGUUUCCUGACUUUUAACCUUUGUCGUUGCUUCCUACCAAUCCAGGAUUGCUCCAAGAGAUUCUCUACAUGUGAAUUACUGAAAUAAGUCAAUGUAAUAUGCAUUCAUCUCUAGCCAUUGUUCUCUGAAAUUGAAAUUCAAGGAGAUAUCAAUUUGUUAUAUCUAUUCCCGGUUUUAUCUAUUCCUUAAAAUAUGCUUAUAGGUUUUAAGACCUUUGUGACACAUUUUAAUGAUGAAACAAUGAGGUUUGUAAGCAAAAACUGUCUGUAGUUUACCUCUAUACACAUUUAACUUCCUACCAAGACAUGAUUAAAGGAACUGCAUCCUUUGAUACCAAGGCUGCCGAAUUGUAGUUAUGAGGAUGGACUUUCUACAUGAAAACCAAAAAUCGAAGAGUGAAGCAUUACCAGCACCAUUAAGAGCCCUGAAACCACAAAAACAAUAAUCAAGGGGAAGAACGGUUGAGGAACACAACAUAAAUCAGCACAGAAUUUCAGAGUGGGAUAUCAGGUCUUUAGUGUGAAGCUACAUCUACAUUGAACCAGAAAUCACUGGAAGUGACAUUUGGAAAAGAAAACUUGGAAAUUAAACAACUGUGAACGUAGAUCAUGGAAAUCAAAGAGGAAGGGACAUCAGAGGAAGGCCAGCACUUUCUUCCUGCAGCCCAGGCAAAUGAUACUGGGGACUCCCAGUUCACAAGUAUUCAGAAGACUCCAAAUGAACCACAGUUGGAAUUCAUCCUUGCAUGCAAGGACCUUGUGGCUCCAGUCCGUGAUCGGAAACUGAAUACACUGGUGCAGAUCUCAGUAAUCCACCCCUCGGAGCAGAGUCUGACAAGAUACUCCAGCACCGAAAUUGUGGAGGGAACAAGAGACCCCCUGUUUUUGACUGGUGUCACAUUCCCAUCUGAGUAUCCCAUCUAUGAGGAGACCAAAAUAAAACUCACAGUCUAUGAUGUCAAGGACAAGUCUCACGACACUGUUCGAACCAGUGUCCUACCUGAACAUAAAGAUCCCCCACCAGAAGUCGGGAGAAGCUUCCUGGGUUAUGCCAGUUUUAAAGUGGGGGAGCUACUGAAGUCAAAGGAGCAACUGCUGGCCCUGAGCCUGAGAACUUCAGAUGGUGGCAAAGUGGUUGGCACCAUAGAAGUCAGUGUCGUGAAGAUGGGGGAGAUUGAGGAUGGGGAAGCCGACCACAUCACAACAGAUGUGCAGGGACAAAAGUGUGCACUGGUAUGUGAAUGUACAGCCCCAGAAAGUGUGAGCGGCAAAGACAACUUACCUUUUUUGAAUGCAGUGUUAAAGAACCCAGUGUGUAAAUUAUAUAGAUUUCCCACAUCUGACAAUAAGUGGAUGCGAAUCCGGGAGCAGAUGUCAGAGAGCAUACUUUCUUUUCAUAUUCCUAAGGAAUUGAUUUCCCUUCACAUAAAAGAAGAUCUGUGUAGAAACCAGGAGCUAAAAGAACUUGGUGAACUUUCUCCUCACUGGGACAAUCUACGAAAAAAUGUCCUUACUCACUGUGAUCAAAUGGUGAAUAUGUACCAAGAUAUUCUGACAGAACUUAGCAAGGAAACAGGGUCCUCUUUCAAAUCCAGCAGCAGCAAAGGAGAGAAAACAUUGGAAUUCGUUCCAAUAAAUCUACAUCUACAAAGAAUGCACGUACACAGCCCUCACUUGAAAGAUGCUCUCUACGAUGUCAUCACCGUGGGAGCCCCAGCUGCCCAUUUUCAGGGAUUUAAGAAUGGCGGUCUUCGGAAACUACUUCAUAGAUUUGAGACAGAAAGAAGAAAUACUGGAUACCAGUUUAUUUACUAUUCACCUGAAAACACAGCCAAAGCAAAAGAAGUCCUCAGCAACAUCAAUCAACUACAACCUCUUAUAGCAACCCAUGCAGACCUACUGCUUAAUUCUGCAAGCCAGCAUUCUCCAGACAGCUUGAAGAAUUCUUUAAAGAUGCUUUCAGAAAAAACAGAGCUUUUUGUACAUGCCUUCAAGGAUCAGCUGGUCAGGAGUGCUCUUUUAGCACUCUAUACUGCAAGACCAGGAGGCAUCCUUAAGAAGCUGCCCUCUCCUAAGAGCAGCACGGAGGAGAGCAGUCCACGAGACCAGCCCUCCCCGAUGAAAAGGCAGGACUCCAUACCGCAUCAUUCAGACUACGACGAGGAAGAGUGGGAUAGGGUGUGGGCCAAUGUGGGGAAGAGCCUGAACUGCAUUAUUGCUAUGGUGGAUAAACUGAUUGAAAGAGAUGCUGUUAGUGAAGGCAGCGGUGGCAGCCAAGACGGGGAAAAGGACUCUUCAUUAGCAGACUCCAUCACAUCUCACCCAAGAGAGGACUGGUAUGAACAGUUGUACCCCCUCAUCCUUACUCUGAAGGACUGCAUGGGAGACGUGGUGAACAGAGCCAAGCAGUCCCUGACAUUUGUGCUCCUGCAGGAACUUGCCUACAGCUUGCCCCAGUGUUUGAUGCUGACGCUAAGAAGAGAUAUCGUCUUCAGUCAAGCACUUGCUGGAUUGGUUUGUGGUUUUAUCAUCAAAUUACAGACAAGUUUGCAUGACCCCAGCUUUCUACAGCAGCUUCACACUGUGGGGCUGAUAGUCCAAUAUGAAGGACUGUUAAGUACAUACAGUGAUGAAAUUGGAAUGCUAGAGGACAUGGCAGUUGGCAUUUCCGAUUUGAAGAAAGUAGCAUUUAAAAUAAUUGAAGCCAAAUCCAAUGAUGUCUUGCCAGUUAUAACCGGAAGACGUGAACAUUAUGUGGUAGAGGUCAAGCUUCCAGCUAGAAUGUUUGAGUCGCUACCUCUGCAGAUUAAAGAAGGACAGUUGCUUUAUGUGUAUCCAGUACUUUUUAAUGUUGGCAUCAAUGAACAGCAAACUCUAGCUGAGAGGUUUGGAGAUGUCUCUUUGCAAGAAAGUAUUAAUCAAGAAAAUUUUGAACUUCUGAAAGAAUAUUACAAGAUAUUUAUGGAAAAGAUGCCUCCUGAUUACAUUUCACAUUUUCAAGAACAAAAUGAUUUAAAAGGAUUACUAGAAAAUCUCCAUCAAAAUAUUCAAGCCAAAAAAAGAAAGAAUGUGGAAAUUAUGUGGCUGGCUGCAACGAUUUGUCGCAAACUAAAUGGUAUUCGUUUCACCUGUUGCAAAAGUGCCAAAGAUAGGACUUCGAUGUCAGUGACGCUUGAGCAGUGCUCAAUCUUGAGAGAUGAACACCAGUUGCACAAGGACUUCUUUAUCCGCGCAUUGGAUUGCAUGAGAAGCAGACAAACCCAGGAAGCACUGAAUGAAUCCGAUGAUCCUGAAACAGGCUGUCUAACUGAUAACAAGCCAACUUCUCGACACUUCUAUCCUGUCGCCUUGCUGCUUGUCAGCUCGCACCUGCUAGUUGUGUGGCUUAUUUUAAGUCUUGCAUUACUAUUAGCCAAAUACCAAUAAGUCUUAUGUUGUAUUCCUUUCUUUUCUACAAAUGACAAUGGACUUUAAAUCAUGGGGACAAUGCUGUAAUAUUUCUACAUUUUCAGAUUCACAGAAUUUAACAAAAAUGUUUGAAUUGUAAGUGUUUUUGUUUUUCCUAAAAUCUAAAAAAACAAAAAGUACUAUGCAUUCUGUGAAUUAUUUUGCUUUUUUGUUCAUGGAAAAGUGUUUCCCACUGUUAUCUAGCUCAAGAAGAAUUUUUAAAUUACUGUCUUUAGAAUAAGACAAAGAACAGAAUCCUGAAAGCUUGAAGUUCUGAACCUCCUGUUCCUCUUCCCAUUCAAUUUAUUAAAGAAAUUAAGACUGAAUUUGCAUAACACACUGAAACCCUGAGACAAGUUCUAGAGAUGAGGGAGGUUGCAGACUUGAUUUCCACUGUGCUAAUAUCAUAGUUGUCAUCAGCAGAUAGGAAUUUUUGUUGUUUUUUUUUAACCUGUUAUUUUAUUUCUUUGCCGCAAUUAACCCUUUUCUGUCAAGUAACUUUAUGGAGAGAAUGGCUAUUUAUGUUUUGUAAUUAAAUUUACCUGUUUUGUAACUAUUGUUUGGGUUGAUUUGGCUUUCAGAGUACUUUUCUAUUCUUUUUAACAAGGUCUUGUUUGUGUCUUGAUGCACCAUUUCCAGCACUUGUGACUUUUGUACCGUCUGUGGACAAGCACUCUUCCUUUAUAAAGCUGAGACUUGGACCAGGCUGUUCGGGAAGCCAUUUUCUCUCUUUGUUGCACAGCUAAAAUAAUGAAGUAAAAAUAGAGAUAAAACUUUUCUUUAAAAAUCUGUAGGGCCAGACUUAAUAAAUUAAAUGCCUUAUUCCUAGAACCUGCAUCCUUAGGGCUACAUAUAGAUUUUAAUGUGUUUUAAAGAGACUGAAAAAUUAAUUUGUGGAAGAGUUAUAAAAAAGGCAGAUAUAUUUAUGAAAUGAAAGUGAAGCUGUAUUGUGGAGCAAAUUAUAUUUAAAGAGUUUAUUAAACCUUAAAUGUCUGUUAAGAGUAAAGAGACUUUAAUCAUCUCUUUCCGAGGGCAAUAAUGGUAUUGGGCCUGGCCUAGGAUUUAAUUUUGUAAGAUGUAUCAUCACUUGUGGAAAAAAAAAAUGUAGAGUUGAAUCUUUGUUAUUUUUACUUGGACUGUUGCUGCAACUCUGCAUUGAACAAAUAAAGCAUAUUUAUUUA